UUGGCUGGCCUGCUCCCACUGAAGAUAGAAAGGUCAUCUUCCUCCCGUUGGUACCAGAGAGGCACAACGCGAGAAGCUGUGAAGAUGGAGAAACUCCCUCGCGAGCUCAUCGACAUGGUGAGUCCCGGGCGGGUCUCAAACAAGCGCUGAAGUCUAAUCGCAACGGCGUAGAUUGUGUCGUACGUCCAAGCCGAAGACGAACGCCAAGUAGAUUUAGACCUGAAAAACGACCUCCGUGCAGCACGAGAAGCAGAGCAACGGGCUCUGAAGCGAGGGCGUCCCCCUCCAGAGGUGCCGGUGUUUGAGCGUACUAACCCCGCGACCCUGCCUCGCUUACGACUUGUCAACAAGACCUUCUGCACCUGGGCUUCCCCUCGCGUGUUUCACAGUGUCGCUAUCCAGAUCAUGCCCCGGGAGGAAUUCUCCCCGCGAUUAGCAACCAUCAGCAACAGUCCUUACGCGACUUACGUUCGUGCAAUCAACAUCCGAAUUGGAGACUCCAGUUGCAACUGUGGUGGCCGCCGGCGGUUCACCAAGCAAGAUGCCCAAUCACUCACGACUUCAUUGAGCCGGCUCUGCAACAUCGGCCACAUGGAGAUCAUGAGCGGCCUCCCUGUCAACGGCGAGCAAGACAAGCGACGCGCGCUAAGAAUCUUUCACAGCAUCCUCCAAGGCGUCUCGCCCAAGCUGAUCUCCUUGUGCAUGGACGUCCCCUUCAUCCCCAUCGACACCGCACACCUCACGCCCGAGUUCCGAGACACAGAAAAGCAUCUGGAGCCGAUCCUGCCACGCUUGACCGAGUUCGAGAUCUGGCAGGAGGAGCACAACAAACGGCCCCUGUCCCAACCGAGCUUCGCCACCUGGGUCUUCGGCCUGAUCGCUGCAGCCGCGAAUCCGAAUAACAGGCGUCGAGCUCAGCGCCCGCCCAGCCGAGUGACCCGCGCUUCCGCCCAGUUAAGGCUGCAAGAUAUUCCGGCGGGGCCCUCCCCGCCCUGUCUCCAGACCAUUGACCUCGGCUCCGUGAGCAUCUCUGCGCGGAGCCUCGCGUUCCUGCUCGCACAGAGCAAGCACUUGAUCUGGCAUAUCGUGUUUGAGGACGUGCGACUCAUCGACGGCGGCUGGCAGGACAUCCUGGCGAUCAUGGCGCAGAUGCCGAAUCUGGAGUAUUGCCGGUUCGACGACUGCAGCUUCCCGUCCCACAACUCCGACACCCGAUACGCGUACUUCAGCUUCCCGCUGGAGGCGCCCCCGUCCUCCGACUACGACAGCGACAGCCUCCCGUCGCUCGACAACGACGACGACUCCCUCGGCUUCGGUACCGAGGAGGAGGACAUGUCCAGCGGAACAGAGAUCUCAGCAGACGACGACUAUCCACCUCCAUGGGCACCACCGCCCGGCGCGGUAGCCGAGGCGGACGAUCUGAGCGUGUCCGAAAGCGAAACAGAUACCUCGGCCAGCGACGACGAGUAUGGCGGCGGUCCACCACCACAAUCACUACCACUACCCGACGCACUCCUGGUCGCGCCCCCCGGAAUGACCGUGGCAGAUGUGCAGGUGACGGUGAUGACGAACGUCAUCAUGACGGUGCCGGUGCCGAGCUUCCUGACCCAGGCCAACAUCCAGCCAAUGCUUCUUGACGCUGAGGGCUCGGUCAUGACCGACGAUAGCUCGGUCGACUCGGACGACUCGUUGGAGGGCGAGAACGCCUCGAUCUACUCUUUCAUCUCCGGCGAGCUGGAUACCAUCCCGGAGGAGCUUGUCCCGGCCUGUAGUACGCUCCUCCGUCGCGUCGAAGCGAACCGGAAGGCUCUCGGCAAGAGGCCCCUGCUGCGGAAUAGCCGGUGGUUGUUGAACAAGGAGGCGUUGCAUAUGUAGCUUGGUAUCAUCUUUCGGGAAUCCUUAUUUUUCUUUGCCUUUUAGUACGAUUGUGCUUCGUCAGUAAACUAGUAG